AUGACUCGCGCCACCAACUUCACAGAGCUCUACGCGGGCAAGGGAAUCCUAGAGACCUAUAUGAUCGCCGAAAAGAUUACCCGCUAUUUUACCCAGGAUUUGAUAAAGCUCUCGGGGUUAAGUGAGUCUAGUCUACGGCCUUUGACAAUUCUGGAUCUCGCCUGCGGAACGGGCGUUGUCGCGGAUGCCCUCCAUGACAUGUUGGAUUCCCAGUCACAAGGCUGGGAACUGACAUGUGGUGACAUCUCAACUGAGCUCACCGGCCAUGUGAAACGAAAGAUUUUGGAGAAAGGAUGGGAUAAUUCAACUGCCAAGGUGGUGGAUGCGCAAAGCACGGAGCUUCCCACUGGACAUUAUACCCACGUGUUUGCGGCCCUUGCUUUCACCUCCUUUCCAGAUACCUAUGCUGCAAUGAAAGAGGUCAUGAGGAUUCUCCAGCCAGAGGGAACGCUUACUAUCUCAACUUGGCAGCGAACCGAAUGGCUUGCCAUUGUUGAGGCCGCUGUUGCCACAAUCCCUGCUGAUCUACCAUUCCCAACCACCAAGGAAUUCAUGUCCUGCAUGAACCCAGGAUGGGAUUCUGAGGACUAUGUUCAGUCUAGAUUCGAGGAAGCAGGAUUUCAGAAAGUCCAAGUCACGACAAUCGCGAAGGAAUUUGAAACAAGUAUCGAGGAUUUGUACAAGAUCGCACAGCCGGUGAUCCCGAUCAUUGUCAGUAAAUGGUGGAAUCAGGAGCAAAGAGAUAAGCACGAACAGGAUAUCCUGCCAGCUCUUCAGCGCCACCUGAAUGAAACAUAUGGAGCGAGUGGCCUGGUGCCACAGAAGUGGACUGCUGUUUUUGCAACUGGGCAGAAGGGAUCUUAG